AUGCGCCGGUAUAGGACACGCAUGUGGAUAAGGACUCAAACUGGUCAGCGUUGUCCAAUUCGAGCAUGUACAUCGUUCGUUGUCAAGAACGUUGAUGGGAGUCGAUCGAUCUGGUACAGACUGGGCAAUAGGAACAGAGGGUCUGAAUCAAAGCAUAGGAUAUUGCCAUUGGUAGUCCAUCUUGAGGUGUCUGUCGGACUGUUGAUUCUUGAGUCGACUAUCCCACAAGAAGAACACCCGACAGGCAACCGAAUGGACAUUGACGUAAUGAUUAUCGGUCAUUUCCACGAGACUGCCCACUGGGGUCGUGUACCACGCCACUUGGGUGAUGGGGACAUCAUCAGACUCAACAGAUGGAGCUGGUUCGUCAAACCAUGCUACACCACCGGAGCUAUCAAGAGAGCCAAGCGUGAAGACGCGACCAACGAUUGGGACCCUAAUGCCGAUUGGGGCAUGUAG